AUGCAGAGGCCGUACAUGCGCGUGACUUUCGUGGACCAGCAGUCGCUGACGAUGAUGAAUCCGAAGCCGUUCACGUGCGCCGGGUUCGGCACCUGCUCGUACUGGCACAGGACGAGCGCUGUGUCGUGGAUGAACAUCUCGAGCGACCUGUCCUGCUACUUCUUCGAGGACGAGAACUGCAAGACCGAUGGCUACUACUUCAUCUCGAGCUGCAAGCGCUACGCUGGCGAGUACAAGUUCAAGAAAGACAAGCCGUCCAUACGCUCCCUGAUGCUCUCAGAACUGACGCCCGCGUACCGUGGGCAUUCCAUCGACUACAUGAGCGCUUGCCCCAAAAUGCGCAAAGAGGCGGGAGGCAUCACGGCGAACGACACGGACACGCGUAUUGUGUGGGGGAUGGACGAUGAAUCGGGAGGCCUAUCAUCGAAUUGGAACGACGCUCUUCCCGACAACGCGCAGUCGUAG